GGAGAAUUACACGUUGAAUUGUUCACUCUUGGAAUCAACCAACCAACGACUCCGUUGUUGAUACUUUUCAUUCUUCUCCUUGUACGAGAUAAAAACGGUAUUUAUAUUGUAUAUUGCAUAUUUUAUUUAAAGGUCAAUUGCCUAUAGAGUGAGUUAUUCAUAGGUAUAGUGCGUUUCUUUACGAAAGUUCUAAUGUAUGUUCAAGGGUGGAGAAACUGAUACUGUUUUGUAAAAAUAGCAAGAAUGAACGAAGAUAACAUGUUAACGGAUCACAAUAUUCACACAGAAAAGAACAAAAGCAAUGAAGAACAGGAGAUGCCCAACCGAAGACAUAUACAACCUAAUAUUAGAGGAGAGAGGAAACCAACCCAAUACAGAAGAAGAGAUUACUACUCAAACAAUGAUGAAGAAACCUAUUCUAAGGGUAGAGAUGAUUUUUCCAAUCGAGAUGUGAGAGAUGUUGUUCGAACUCAUUAUAAUGCACGACCUGAUAUGGGUACAAAAAAACGACAAUUUUCUCCCAUUAUUCAAUUAAAGCGCUUCAAUAACUGGAUAAAAUCUGUACUUAUUCAAAAAUUCACACCGAAGGUAGAUGAUAAACCAUUACUCGUGCUUGAUUUGGGGUGUGGGAAAGGAGGUGACCUGAUUAAAUGGGAUAAAGCUGGUAUCGAAGGGUAUAUAGGUAUAGAUAUCGCUGAGAAUUCUGUCGAUCAGGCGAAGAGACGGUACCGUGAACUUCAACCAUGCUUUGAUGCUCUAUUUUAUGCCGGAGACUGUUUUUCCCGUUCUAUUGGCGAGUUCCUGCCUCCAGAUCAAAGACAUUUUGAUAUAGUAUCACUACAGUUUUGUUUGCAUUAUGCUUUUGAAAGUGAACAAAAGGCUCGAAGACUUCUAGAAAAUGUCUCAAAAUGUUUGUCUCGCGGUGGAAUUAUGCUUGGUACAAUUCCAAACUCGGAUAUAAUAUCUCAGCGUUUGAAAGAACUACCUCCCUCCGCUGAUUCUUGGGGGAAUAGUAUUUACAAAGUACGUUUUACGCAGCGACCGUCCCACACCUUCCGCCCUCCUUUUGGUAUCCAGUAUUAUUUUUAUUUGGAAGAUGCUGUAACAGAUGUUCCUGAAUACGUUGUGCCGUUUGAGGCAUUUCGAGCAAUCGCGGAGACGUAUGACUUGGAAUUGUUAUGGCAAAAACCGUUUGUGGACAUAUUUAACGAGGAAAAAAAUUCGGAAACAUUUGGCAGUUUAAUGGAUCGCAUGAAGGUAAUAGACAGUAAUGGUAAGAGAGGGAUUGAUCCCCAAGAGUUAGAAGCUGCUAGCUUUUACUUGGCGUUCGCCUUCGAAAAACGAGGAAUUUAAAUAAAAAGUGCUAUACUGCAUACUACAAAAGCUAGAGGAUUUUACCCUUUUCUUUAAAUCUUUUUUGGUUUUUAUUUUCAACUACUAGCUUGUAUUAAUAUCCAACUCAUUCUCUGAUAACUUCUGUAAUUUAAGCGAAAGUUUAUUUCGAGCUUGUCGCGAGUUUAGUCGAAGAGAUGCCUUUCCUCUAGAAUACAACUGACCCAUUAUCCUUUUGCCAUAUCCUUUACGGAGAAAUCAGUAAUAAAGCAUUUAGUGGCAAGUUGAAAUUGAGCAUUUAUACCUUGUAAAAUAUAUUAUAGAUGA